CUUAACCAGACCAACGAAAACCUAGAUGACAACCUUGGAAAACACCAUUCAACCAAAACUGUACAUGUGGGCCGGGUUAUGGCUCACGGUCACGGAGGAAGGCAUUCUUUGAUGAUUUCCGAAGUCCAAACUACAUAUAUUCUUGUGUAUCCCGAUAGCUUAGAAAAACCCUAAGAAACUGUAAUUUUUUGCUCUCUCUAGCUCUCCCUCUCCAACAUGGAGGAGGAGAAAGAUGAGCAACAACGCGAUUGGACGCAUCUCCCCGGCGAGCUUCUCGACACGAUCAUGCGCCGGUUGACCAAACUACGGGACAUCGUCCGCUUCCAAGCCGUUUGCAAGCCGUGGAAGCUCGCCGUACUGGAUCAAGAACAAAACCCACCCAAAUUCCUCCAAUCCCUGCCGUGGCAGAUGUGGUCGUGCAAGUCCUUCCCCAAGGCGGCGGCCGGCGAUUCAUGCUCCGGCAGCGGCGGCUGCCACCGGUUCAUAGACGUGGUGGAAAGCAACAAUUGCAUCCUCCACAUCAAUUUAGGCACGAAAAAGCACUGCCACGGCUCGGCCUACGGAUGGCUGAUCCUCGAAGAAAAACAUUGCAGGCCUCUCGUUCUCUACUUGUUGAACCCUCUGACGGGGAACAAAAUCCCUCUCGCGAAUAAAAUCGCGAGAGGGCAUAGCGAUGAGUACCUCGAAGGACGGGUUAGUGGAAACUGUCUGAGCCAAUUCUCCCUGUCCGCCGAGCCGACGGCAGCAGAGGGCUGCGUCGUGGUUGCGGCCUAUCAUAACUUCGGAGGAUCCCGGUUGGUGUCGUGGAAGCUCGGAGGAACAGGGGAGCGUGAAACAGAGCAUCAGCAAAUUUGUACGUUUAUCCCCAUGGACUCCCUUGUGGAUUAUCCACAAACGUUUCUUGGCUGGGAUACCACCGCAAUUGGGUUCUGGAGAGAUAAAGUUCACAUCUUUUGUGGAUGCGAUGGAAGGGUUUUGUCCUGUGAUCUUGCCGCCGCCGCUGCUCAUCCCCUGUUUUCCUGGGCUUUCGUUCCAGAGGAUUUUACUCUGCCUUUCCGUGGCGGAUACUGUUUCCACUUCUUGGUAGCGAGUCCGGAGGGAGGAGAGUUGAUGCUCUUGAGUCGACACCAAGCUGUAUUCACCGACGAGGAGACAUUAAAGGGUACCUGUCGGCUUACUUUUUGCGUCCACAGGAUGAACGAAGAUGGGAAAAGAUGGGACGAAGCUAAGACGAUAGGUGAUUAUGCCAUUUUCGUUUUUCUGGAUAGCGCUUUCUUGGUGUCCGUCAAAGAUCAUCCGGAGUGUAGGAGGGAUUCCAUUUACUAUGAUGGAGGAAUAUAUGAUCUCACCUGCGAUCCAAUCACUAUUGGUCCUUACGCUUCUUCUCCGCCCCGUUGCAAAGCAUUGCUCUUACCAUGUAACUAUUGAUUUGUGGGGGUCUAGAUGUAGAAUUUUUAAUCCCUCUUCUCUCCUCCCUCUCGUCAUAUGCUUCCGCCGUUAUGAUUUUUCGAUUUCUGAUUUUUCAGAUCUGACUUUUCGAUUUUUCAGUUAUGAUUUUUGUACCAAUGCACUUAAACUCAUAUAUGAUAUUUUGUACCAGUGUACUGGUAGCGUUACCAGUGCACUGGUAGAGAUAGUGAGAUACCACUACACUCGUAGCGAUAUCAGUGCACUGGUACAAAUAUCAGAUCUCAAUUUAAAUGUAGUGGUAGAAAUAUCAGUGCACUGGUACAACGUAUCACUGCACUGGUACAUUUUUUUUUAAUGUAACGGUACAUUUUUGCGGGUGGCCGGAGGAAGUCUGCCGGCAGGAUUUCACCGGAGAAGUGUGGCGGUCGGAGGCUGCUGGAAAAAGGAAGAAUGAGAGAUAGGGAGAUAGAAUUGUAUUUAAUGUAGGUUUAAAUUAAAAAAACACAAGUAAUUAAUAUGGUGCAUUUAAUUCUCUAUGUGUAUUUAAUUUGAGUGUUAAAAUAUAUAGAUGACAUUUAAUACCAAGGGGGUGUCAUUUUUCCAACCCCUUUAUGGGGUUAGCAAGCUAAUUGGACCCUUAUUUGGACUUAUUUCUCGGUUUAUGAUUGUUUUUUUAUAUUGGAAUAUUAGUUGGGGUUAUUUUGUUAGGAAUUAUUGUUAGAGUAGUUAGAGGGAAUUAUCGGAUUAUAUUAGAGGUGGCAAAUGGAUUGGAUUGGUGGAUUGAUGGAUUGGAUUAGUGGAUCCAUGGAUCAAAUGGAUUGGAUCUAAUGGAUUGGUGGAUUCAUGGAUUGGAUCAAGUGGAUUGGUGGAUUAUCCAUGAAUCCAAAUGACAUCCUCAAUCAAGGACCAAUAUGUAAAAUGUAAAAAGUUUAGGUACUAAAAUGUCAUAAUGAAAAAUUUCAGGUACCAAAACGUAAUUUUCAAAUGAUAUUUUUCGUAUAAAAAAUUAAAUUUUAGGUACCAAAAUGCAAAAAAUAAAAAUUAUAGGUACUAAACCGUAAUUUGCCAAUGAUCCAUGAAUCCAAUCCAUGAAUCCACCAAUCCAAUUGGAUUUGGAUUAAAUGGAUUGGAUUUAAAUGGAUUGGAUUAGGUGGAUAUUUUUAAUGGAUUGAUGGAUUGGAUUGGUGGAUUGGAUUGAAAUUGCCACCUCUAGAUUAUAUAUUCUGUGAUUGAUGAGUUUUUUAGGUUAAAAAAUAAGAGAACAAUUAUACUCUAAACCCUACUCUUUCUCUUCUCAUCUGAAAAUCCCCUCUUCUUCUCCUAAUUGUCGUCGGCCACCCUCCUUUCAGGAGGCUGAUUUCUUCCUUCUGUCUAAGGGGUCGUUUGGAGAACAAAAUUUAGGGAACAUU